AUGUCUCAAUCCGGCGACCGCGACCAAACGCAAUUCAUCCUGGGCAUCGGGGCAAAGGAGGUAAUUCCCGUGGAAAAAGCCGGCAGCACCGCGCAGCAAGCGAGAAACUUGUUUACGGGCGAGGCCACGGAGCUUAUGAAGAAACCCGAUGCGCAGCUGUUGAUUGGGGCGGGACAGGCGGCGAAGAAUCGGAGGGGGAAUGCGCAGCAGAAGUAA